ACGGGAAACAAGAUGGCGGCGGCAGGUCCGAGUACUCGGGCUUCUUCCGCGGCGGCAGCGGCGGCUCUGCGUCGGCGAGGUCGGCGGGGCCGCUGUGACGAGAUGGCGGCAGCCAAGACUGGGGCCCCGGGCCCAGCUUCUGGCCCCGCGCUGCUGGUGUUGCCACCGUCGUUGCUGCAGCCGCCGCCUCCGCCGCGGCCGGAGGAGUCGGGCUGCGCUGGGUGCCUGGAGACCCCGGGGGAAGCGGCGGCCCUGCCGUGCGGCCACUCGUUGUGCAGAAGCUGCGCCCAGCGCGCCGCCGACGCGGCGGGCCCGGGUUGCCCGCGCUGCCGCGCCCGCGGCCCAGGGUGGGCCCGCCGUCGGGCCCGCGACGACGGGCAGGCCGACGCGGAGGUGCUGGGCGAGCGCGCCCGUCGCGGCCCACCCGAGCGCUGCUGCCUGCGUCGGGACGGGGGCGCGGCCGCCGCGGGGCCCAGGCCGGAGCAGGAGCCGCGCGCCGCGCCCGCGGAGCCAGAGUUUAUAUUCAGAGCACCAAUCAAAUUAAGCAAGCCUGGGGAACUUUGUGAGGAAUAUGAAAGCCUGAGAAAGCUGAGAGAAGAAAAGUUACAAGAGGAGAAAACCUCUGAAGAUCAAAUCCACAAGCUGUUACCAGAGGAUACAGAAAUAGGAAAAAGGAAAAUGGAUGAACAGAAAAAAAGAGAUGAGCCAUUAGUACUGAAAACAAAUCUGGAGCGUUGUCCUGCACGUCUCUCAGAUUCAGAGAAUGAAGAACCUUCCCGAGUCAAGAUGAUACAGACACACCGCUCGGCAUUUGUUUCCAAGAACAAUUCCUACUCCUUAGCUUUCCUGGCAGGGAACCUACAUUCCAAAACGGAAAGGAGUCAGAGCUGCAGUGACACUGGUCAGGACAGAGUAAAGAGCAGACUCAGAGCAGCACCAACCAGCAAAGCCAAGGUCACAACCAUAACCCCAGCCUCCAACCCCAUCAUUGGUGUCCUCUUGUCUACUCAAAACAACCGCUGCCUUUCAGCCCCUGACUUAACCAUUGAAAAGCGCCUACCCUUCAGCUCCCUCUCUUCCUUGGCUUCCCUGCAUAAGCCAGAGCGCUCUAUCAGCCCUGAGAGCAAUGACAGCAUCUCUGAAGAACUCAACCAUUUCAAGCCCAUCGUCUGCUCACCAUGUACUCCCCCCAAGAGACUCCCUGAUGGCCGUGUGCUGAGUCCCCUCAUCAUCAAGUCAACCCCCCGUAACCUAAAUAGAAGCCUGCAGAAGCAGACUUCUUACGAGGCUAGUCCACGGAUCCUCAAAAAGUGGGAACAGAUCUUUCAGGAGAGGCAAAUCAAAAAGACCCUUUCAAAAGCCACCCUCACCUCCCUGGCUCCAGAAACAGGGGAAGACUUCCUGGUCUCUGAAGUUACCCAUUCUAACAAGGAGAAGCCACUUCUGGCUUUAAAUACAAGACUGUCCAGUGGGCAAGGACUCUCUGAGUGUACAGGACCCACCCCCACUGACCUUGAUUAUCUCCCCUCUGCUAGCCAGACAAAAGCAGAACAGGGCAGCAACAGUAAGAGGAGCACUGAGAUCCCACUGGAAACCUGUUGUUCUUCAGAGCUCAGAGUGGGAGCCAGUGGGACUUCUUUGGAGAAAGAGCAGUUUGAAGGGUCAGGGUCAACCCCAGAUGCCAAGUUAGAUAAAACCUGUAUCACAACAACUAUGAAAAUCUCAGCAGUUAAUUCAGUGCCACCCAAAAACAGUGUUUCAGGGGUCCUUAAAACAAAGAAACAGCUGAAGACAGUGAAUCAUUUUGAUCUGCCUAAUGGUGUUCUGGCAGACAACUUAGGUGAGGAGCCACUUCCUUCCUUGCGUCGGGGCCGGAAAAGACGCUGUAAGACCAAGCACUUGGAACAGAAUGGCUCUCUUAAGAAACUGCGACAAAGCAGUGGUGAGGUGGGUCUGGCCCCAACAGACCCAGUACUGCGAGAGAUGGAGCAGAAAUUGCAGCAAGAGGAAGAGGACCGGCAGCUGGCUCUGCAGUUGCAGCGCAUGUUUGACAAUGAGAGGCGGACUGUGAGUCGCCGGAAAGGAAGCGUGGAUCAGUAUCUCUUGCGGUCCAGCAACAUGGCUGGGGCCAAGUAGCACCUGAUGAACAGUGUUACCUAUUUUUCAGGUCUUUGGGCUUGAUCAUAUACCCUGAAGAGCUCAGUGUUCUCACUUUGGGUUUCUUUUAAUGGCAAAACACUGUCCAAUAUGGUUCUGAGAGGUUCUGAGGGCCUUCAUAGUAUGUAUCCAAGGGAACUGUGUCUCUGCCUCCCUGUGACCCAGGCCAGAAGCAUUCUUCACCCCCUAAGUGACCCACCCCCGAAGGCUUCUGGGCCAAAUCUGGCAGCUUGGAAUACGAUUCAGGAGCACAGAGGCCAGGGUUUGAAAUGGUAGAGGAAAAAGGGGAUACCUUCUCCAACUGAUAGAUCUCCUGGCUUCUUUCAACAGGUGUUUUAAAUCAGCCUUGCAGAUAAAAGUUAGUUCCAUCUCAGUUCUCUGGCAGAUCUGAAAAGGUAAUGUUCUCCUUCCUCCUUACUGUUGCCACAAGUAAAUAUACCUAAUGAAAUCAGUUUUUAUGCUUCUACAAAGUUAACGUACAUUCUCUGUUUAAAAUAUAAUAUUUGAUUAAUGCUCUAUAGUUGACAGACCACAUUCCUAGUCACUGUUUAAUGUGGUCUUCUCAGUAGACCAAACACGUAAGCCCCAUUUUCAGAUGAUGGAAUUGCAGUGCAGAUGUUCAGAUUCUCUCAGCUACCAAGUGGCGUAGCCCAGACUGAUGCUGGGUCUCCCAACAACAAAUCCCAUGGAUUUUCCACACUUAAGAGGUUGCCAUAACGGACUGCAAUCCAAGGGCAUGCCAGGAGAACCUAGGGAAAGCUGGCUGGGCUUUGAAUCUCGAUUGUGCAGAAUCCACAUGGAGAUAAUUGAGACUGACUGGAAGUAUAAACAUAUACUGUGCAGUUAUCCCAUCCCUACUGAAUACAGCCUCUGUUUUCCUCGGGGUUCCACGCUAUGAGAUAAAACUGUACUUGGACUUCAUUAUUACUCUCCACGUGGUGAAGGGUUAUCUGCAAUGUUGAUCUAAAAUCCAAAAAAUAAUUUGCCCAGAAGUCAGGCAAAGAACAAUACUGAAACUCCAUACUAUGGAAACAAGGUAUCUAGCUGUAUGCAGCUUGUAAAUUCAGUCCCAUGGACCUUUGGGGUUUAUUUUCCUUAGCAGCUGACACCAUGUGUCUUUUGCAUCUCUGGUGGUGCUUGGUGCUUCUGCCCACCUGGGCUCAUUGAGAGUAGGGAUUAAGAUAGGAUUUUAGGGAAUCUCAGGUGGGCUGGCAUUCCCUGUGCAUGUAUGAGUUGUUACUAUAAAGUCACGUGACUGGCAUAUUAACACACCUUUCGGAUCUUGAUAUAUCACAAUGUAUGUUGUCCCCCUCAGGUGGUCUCAGCAGGAUACUGAUAGUAUUUCCAAUGAUGUUGCCAUUGGUGAAAACAUUUCUGGAACUGUCCUCAAAGUCUGGAGACAUCUAUAUAUGUAAUGUCAGAACUGGAAGGGACGUUAAAGGUCAUCUGUUCCAACUUCCUCCUCUUACUAAGGCAGAAGCUAAGAUCCAGAACAAUGACUCACUUAUCAAGGUCACACGGGAUUUACUGUAUCACCUACUUUUGAUUCUUCUCAGGAGAUUUGCCUUGUUUCUUCUCUGGGCAGAUCUUUAAUUUCUGGGGUUACAGGAAAGAGAAUUUUAAGUCUGAAGCUAGUCAGAAGCGAUCUGAAGACUUGGAAAGAGAAGGUGGCUUAUCCAGAGGAUUUGGAGUCAUAAAUGAGGUGCAGCUAUAAAGCAGUCAGAGCCGUUUUCUUGUGCAGCUCAUAAACAGUUCCCAAAGAGGAGUUCCAGAGAUGUCUUAAGCAUUUUGGUCAUCAUUGAGAUUUGUGGACCCUCCUCAGUGACUACUUUGGGGGAAGUGUCACUCACCUGAAUGUACGUAUGCUGUGUUGUGUGUGUGUGCGUGCACAUGUGCAGAUGUGUGUUUAGAAAACAUACAUCAAUCUCAUUACUGUAUGUUCAUGCCACUUCAGUUCUAGGUUCUACUAGCAACAUACACCUGACAAAGGCUGCUGAAGGGAAUAUUGGUGCACAAGAUGGAAGAGCUGGCACUGGCCUGUACAGGACAGGGAGAGUGACUUACUAAAUGCCCUUAGAAAAGACAUCAGUUACUGCCAUUUCAUAGUUUCUUUUCGAUCUUAGUAAAUAUUAUUGGAAGGCUAGUUUAAUUGGUAGUAGCAAAGACACUUAUUUUUCCACUUGACACCUUUGUCUGUAUCUCCAAUAAUUUGAAAAACACUUUUCAGUUGGAACUGAUUUUUGUUUUUGAAAAAAAAAGAUAAAUAUUUUUAAUAGAAAAAGAUAGAUAUAUAUUUUAAAUAUCUCCCCAAAGUAAUACUUUCAUUUUAAGAAAUUGCUUAGCAGUAGCAACAGUUUUAGUGUCAGGUGCAGAGUGGAAAUUCUCGUUAAGUGAAUAUUCCAAGUGCUGGGUCCAUCUUACUGACCACCUACUGUGGAGCCUCGAAUGGUACUGACAGUUUUUCCAAACUUCCAGAUGAGCAGUAGUCCUUCAGAUACAGGCGACGCAGUUUAGAUUAAGGAGGAACAAGGCUUACUCUUUAAUCAGCUUGGCCUUGGAGGAGGGGAAAACCACUAAGGUAUUAUCUGUACUUUAAGAUGCUUCCCAUACUUAAUGACUAAAACUUGAACACUUUCUCGAAAAUUUCCCUCUCCUGUUGCUUGAUUGUGAAGUUGGUCACAAAUGGAGUUGUAGCCAUGAAUUCUUUGGAGAAAAAGACAAGGAAGGAAAAAACAGUGAUGGGGAGGGUUUGUGAGCUAGAAUGAGAGAUACACUGUCUCACAAAACAAACGUUUGUCACAAAUCAUUGGAAUCUGAUUCACCAUAGGAAUUUCCUGUGUCCUUCUAACUCUGUUCCUUGUGUAUAUGCAUUCUGUGUUUUUUCUUAUUAAAAGGGAAGUUAUAAGAGGUUGGAGGAUGGGUCAUUCUGAUGGGAAAUCAAAAAAAUGUGGUGGCCUGAGUAGGGGGCUCUCAGCCCUUUUUUAUUGAGUGAGGAACACUUUGGGAACAUGGUCAUGACCCGUUGAUUAUAUUUGCUGGAAGAAGUCAUCUGGGCCUGUUGGGUUGGUAUCAAAUCUGGAGAUUAUGCACCUAGCCCCCGGUCCCUUUCAUAUAACUGCCUCUUUUCAAAAGGUUAAUUCUUUUUGGCUGAGGCGUCCCAGGAAAAGCUUUUGUUAAGUGGCUUCACUUAUUUUUUUUUUAAUUUUUGCCUGGAGGAAGCACUGGUGAUGAAUGCCUUCUGUUUGUUGUUGUUGUUGUUGUUGUUGUUGAUUUUCUCUUAAAGAAAAAUGCCCUUAAGAGAGUAAAGCUGCUUAAUUAAUUUCUAUGUGACUACAAACUGACACACUAAGAUGGAAAGCUGCCACGGUGCUUGAGUGGUGAAGCUGAUGAUAGCAGUCUGUGCUGUUCAUCCUUCCUGUUCCAUUUGAUAGACAUUUCCUGAGCUUCAAACUCGUGCCAACCCUGUGCUGGGUCAUGGAGAUAUAGGGAAGGGAAGGACAGUCCUUGCUCCUGAACUCAGUGUCUGUUGGGAUGUAUUUGAAUGUAUGUGUGGCUUGAGAGUUUGUUGAUGGUUUUAUGAAAGGCCACAGUCAUCUUGGAUGGCCCAUUCAAGAUACUGUCCAGCACCCUUGAACAACUUAGAUACCAUCAGUAUCUGUGAGUUUGAUUGCAAUGCUGUUUUCCAUUUCUUAAGUGAUUUUACCAGAGGAGAAUGACUUUUCUCCUCCAGUGAUUAUAGGACAACAGCAUCUCUUAAGAGCUGCUUUUAGCAUAAAGCCCCAAGAAAUGAGGCAGGCUGUGGAUCACAGACACGGUCAGAAGAGGCUCACUUCUCAGCUUAGUAACCUCCUAAGCUCUUGCUCAAUCAGACCUCUCACCAGAGCUGGAAGCAACUUGAGAUUCCUUUUUUUCCUGCGGGGCUUUUUAUUGCGAUGGAAGGCCAGUAGGUGAGGAAGGGAAGAAAAAUGAAGGCUGGAUCAUAAUCAUAAAAUAUUACAUGGCUGAAAUGGGCACGAAAAUCAUCCAAGUCAAACUAUCCCCCCUGCCGACCCUCUUGUUUUUUAAGAAGUGAGGAACUUGAGGUUCAGUGCCUCGUGCCAUGUUUGUACCGCAGUAUUCCAGAGUCUGAAUGAAUCGUCCUUUACUCACACACACGUACAAUUUGCUAAUAAGGGGGACACCCAAAUGGAUUUAGGAGUCUUUUUGUUUUAAAAGCUUUUUCUUCCUGCUUUUUUCAGGUAGAAUUAAAAUGUACCUAUAUCCCCUGAAUAUAUACCCAUGUAGGGAAAAUCCCCAUAGAGAGAGUAAUGUGAAUGUGGAAUCUUGGGAAGUGAUAACAUUUUGAUUGGAACAGCUGUCAUUUUAACUACCAAGGAUUAAAACCCAGCCAGCACUUCAUUUUUCUUAGAAAAUCAAGAACUCCUUAGGGACUUGAAUUUUUCUCAGCCAGCCUUUUCCGCAUCAACCUACAGAUUGGUCUUUUGGCCUGUAUUUUAGAAGUGAGUAGAGCUGCUUAUAAAUUCUUGUGACUCAAUGAGAAAGCAGGUCUGCCUUUAAAAAAAAAAAAAAGUUGGGGGUGGGAUUUUAGGAACAGAGGCUGCUGAAUAGACUUUCCUCCAAAGAUACCCAGAAAUGCAUCUUUACACAUGAUUGUUAUCCAUAAUAGCUUUUUGAAGAAGAUUGUUCUACAGAAAAGAGACGUACGAUAUAUACAGAAGACACCAGUUAGAGACUGGUUAAACUGGAUGAAGGAAAAGUGCCAAGACUGAAUGUGCACACUGUUCUAUGUAAUAUCAGUAUUUUUUUCCCUAAGAAAAAUACAUACUUUGCUUUGUGAGUAAA